CUGUUGUAUAACAUUCUAUCAUUCAUUGAAACUACAGUAGAUCGAGCCAUCAGACUUUGAUCAUAACCCACACUCAUUUUACCUUUAUAUUAAUAUCUACGUAUUUUUGACGUUGUACAGUGCUCACCUCUUAUAGAUAUUCGUCUUUUACCUGACUUUACAUCGAGCAAAAUGAGGUCCUCGAUUUUGGUCGCCGCUGGCGCAGCAACUCUGGCUAUGAGCAGCCCUGUAGAGAAGGAGAAGCGAGCGAUGGAAACCGAAUGGGUUGUGGACUACUUGACAGUCACCGUUACCGGUACUGAGACAGCUAAGCCAACCUUCUUCUGGGGCGGCCCGAAGCAACGUCCCGCAGAGACAAACUCUCCCGCCAGCUCUUCUACCCCCGUUGUAACCGAGACUCCCGAGGCACCAGCGUCUACCUCAGAGACACCCGCGCCGUCCGUUGUGGUUGUUACCGAAACCCAGGCCUAUCCCACGUCGGAAUCUACUCCGUCACCGGUUGUACAGGAUCCUGCGCCGGCUUCUGAAACAUCUUCUGCAGCUUCUCAACCGUCUUCUGCUGCUCCUGCAUCGUCUUCUGCUGCUGCCCAGUCAUCCGCCACGCCUGCCGCUACCGAUUUCGCUGGUGCGGCCGUUCAGCACCACAACUUCCACCGCUCAAACCACUCUUCCCCGGAACUUACGUGGAGCGACAAGCUUGCUGGUUACGCUUACCAGACCUCCCUUUCCUGCAAAAUGGUGCACGAUAUGGACCAAGGUGACAAGGGCUACGGUCAGAACUUGGCCAACUGGGCACAGAGCGUGGAUGCUUACAAGCUAGGUGACACCGGCGCUGUCAAGAUGGCUAUCAGCGAUAUGUGGUACAAUGGAGAGUUCAACAGCUUCCUUCCCUCGUACUACGGCGAGGAUUCCCCCGACAUGACCUUCUUCGAGAGCUGGGGUCAUAUGUCCCAGCUUGUCUGGAAAGAUUCGACUGAGGUUGGCUGCUCUUCUCACUACUGCGAGAAGGGAACCAUGUACGACGACUUCGAUGCCUGGUUCACCGUGUGCAACUACAGCCCUCCUGGUAACGUUGGUGGUGCUUACGGCAGCAACGUCCUUAAGCCUCUCGGCAAGGCUACUGUGACUGCGUAAGCUGAUCCCAAGCUAGUCUUGCGCUUUAGGCAGUAUCUUGCUGGCACAGGCAAUACAUAUGCCACAUAAGACCCCCUUCGAUU